GUUUCCCACCUCUCCUUCUCCCCCAAACCCACAACCCUAGCUAAAAAUCUCACGACCCAAUCUUGCUAAAGAGCGGAUCGGAGAACUCUAGCCACCAGCAUCGCCUCCCGCAAGUUGACCGGCGGCUCCUCCUUCGCUACCUUUUUUUCGCAUCUGGCGACUCCUUCUGCUACUCCUCAUGCUCCUGUUCCUGCUCCGUCGACAACGAACUGGCCAAUGAGUCCAAAUCACUCACGUAUAGGCGGCGGAUGACGAGAAUGAGCAAGACAACCAUGGAUCUAGGUUCCUAGGGGAUUCUGUUCUCGAUGAUCGAUUCCCCCAAAAUGGCAAAAGUAGUCUCGUCCAACCGCUUCUCGCUGGCAGGGAUACGGGAAUCGGUCCAAACUGCGGUGAGAGCUUCGGGUUAUGGGAUCCGCAUAGUAUGCUUGAGCAAUUAUGAGGAGGAUCUGCUUAUUUCGUGCCAGAUUCAGAGUGAGGAAGGGGUGAAGAAAGCCAAUGAGAUUGGAGCACUUACGACAGAGACGCGCAAAGUGCUCGACAACCAUUCCUUUGUAUUUUGAUUUCAUUUUGCAAUUGGUUGCUAACCCUUUGUUUUGCAGAUCUUUUGGUUGUUGAUUUCCCCUUCGUCUGCCACAUCCCUUGACUAAUUGUUUACUUCGGUUAUUUCUUGUUUUGUUUUUUGCUUCCAUGCUUUAAUUGAAAGGAAGAAGGUUCUGCAAUUGGUUGCUCUAACCCUCACCCUGUUUAGUUUUUGUUCUAGUGAUCCAUAUUUGCCUCUUACCAUUUUCUUUGUGUCUCUCAAUAGGGCUACAUUAUGACUAAACAGUCCCUUAUGACUACAACUUUCAAAAUACUGUAAGCUCUUAUCCUCUAUCGUAUUUGUUCCUAAUCAAUUAAACUAUUACUAUGAAACUAAUGGCCUUGUUUACCUUGGUCUUAUGUAAAUUGUAAAAUCUACCGCUUUUUGAAAUUAUGGAAGAGCAAUCCUGCAAAAUAGCUUGUUUACCUUGGUCAUGUCCACACUUUCCUUCCUUACUGCUGCCUCUACACCCUGCCCACUCCCUCGCCACAUCUAGACGUGGGAGCUGCAAGCAGAGUAGCACUACUCGAGGUGGACGAGGUGAGGCAAGAGGCGGCGAGGGCAGUAGCAGGGUUAUUCUCGCAGGAGCUUCCCCCACCGGGGCGCUGUCCCUUUGGUGGUGGGACGAGCGGGCGGGCCACGGAUUUGAAGAUGGAGUUUGCGGAUUGUAGGAGAGGAGUGGACAGCUGCUGAAGCAAAUAUACAGCAGCACACUAAAGCUACAGGAGGUGGUGUGAACCAGCAAUGACCACCGUUCGGAUACUUUGGCAUGGAUUAGCAUCGACCAACAGCUGGGAUAUUUUGGCAUGGAUCGUGGUGUUGAUUGUGGUUAGUUUGAGAAUAAAAAAUGAAUGUUAUCUUACAAUAUUAGAGUAAAUUCUAGCUUUUUAGACACAGAAUUCCUUGGGCAUGAACAAUGAAUGUUCUUGUUUUCGUUUUCCUAGGUGUAUAUACUACUUUCAAAAAUUGUAAAUGUUAUAGUUGGAAACAUGUUCGGUUAGUGACCUAUUAUGUAUGGUUUUAUGUACAGGAUGUUCCUAUUAAUAACGUUGUUAAAUUAUUACUCUUCUUAUAAGAAAGCGU